CAAACGUGACAUAGGUAAACAAUUUUUAUUUGUAUGUUAAAUACAGUAAUGAAGCUAAACACCCAACCUUUGACAUUUCAACAAUUUUCAAGACGACAUAAUGGCUUCCUCUAAUGUACAUGGGCCAGCAAGGCCAAGAGCAGGACCAAUUACAACGCAGUUCCAAUUUGGGCCGUGGACACUGACCGCAGUAAAAUCUCACAUUCUUGAGUCAGAGGGAACUGCUAGGGAAAGGUUUGAGGGACAACUAGACCUCCCCCAAGUGCCAGAGAUGGUAUUUGCAGAGAAUGUUUUACGUAUACAGCACACAGAAGGAUAUGGCGUGGAGUUCAAUGCGUUAGAUGCCCUACGCCGUGUUGAUCCACAUCAUGAUCACUUUAAGGUGGCUGUCUCCCAGGCAUGGAAAGAGGCAAGGUCUGAGUGCGAGCAUAUACAAGAUGUGGUUAAACCAUUUGACUGGACAUUUACUACAGACUACAAAGGAACAAUAAUUGGUGAUCAAAUACAGGUGGAGACAACAUCAGAAAGGAUUGACCUUGAGAAGUUGAAGGUCAGGGAGAAGAUACACUUCUAUGAGGACAUUGUGUUGUUUGAAGAUGAAUUGUCAGAUAAUGGCACAUCUAUGAUGAGCGUGAAAAUAAGAGUGAUGCCAUCAAGUUUCUUCAUUCUUCUGCGACAAUUUAUGAGGGUGGACAAUGUCAUUGUCAGAGUGCUGGACACAAGACUUUAUCUUGAGGCAGAACAAAAUUACAUGCUACGAGAACACAGCUGUAGGGAAAAAAACAUACAAGACCUCAAGGUUCCUGCACAUGUGAUAACAGAUCCAAAUGAACUAGCUCAAAUACUUCCAGUGAGUAAGGAAAUGAAUGAAAAGUUGGUGUUUCCUUCUACUGGAGGUACAAAAGAAGAGACUGACAGUGCUGUGAGGUAGUCGCAACCUCAUGUGACUGUCAUGUGACCUUCAGGUUAAGUGUCAAUCAUGUGACCUUCAGAUUUUGUGUCAAUCAUGUGACCCUUAUGUGACAGCCAUGUUCAAGUCAUGUGACAUUUUAGUCUUUUUUCUGUCAUUCUUUGCAUCUUUGUGUCACAAACAACAAUUCUGUGCUUAUGAUUGCCUUUGAUAACCUUAUACUAAAAGAUUAGACUUUUUUUAUUCUAAUCAUAAUCAUUAUGAUGCAAUGAAGGUGUGUAUACAUAUCAUGUGGCCUCAUUUUAUACAUUGUUGGCAACCCUGAUACUUAAUUCUGUUUACACUAGGGUACAUUAAUAUCAUUUGUGGGGAAAAUGACUUAAAAAAUUUCAUUUUCAUGAACAUUGAUGAGGUAGGGGAGAAAACUCGUUUUCAAUGAAAUUGGAUGUAAUGAUUAAAAUCUCCUCUGCAUAGAAGAUUAACCAUGAGGUCAUACAGGGGUUGUGUUCCUAAAUAUAGAAAUGAAUGGACAACAUUAUUUCAUCUGCUGAGAUUCUGAACAGGUCCUCAUUUGGCACGGAUACAAAAUGUCUGAUAAACUAUUCGUGAUUACCCGAAUUUCCGUGCAAAAUGUCCCGCAGUACUCAAUGAUGCGAGCAUAAAAGUGUACUGGCAGAAUCGGAUGAACAUGUUAUAGGGUAUGGCUAGCAAGUACCAUACUAGUAUGCAUGUAAGUUUCACAUGUUCUUCCUAUUCAAAACAUUUUGUUUAGAAGUAAAUGGUAAUUUUCUUUUUAUGCCCCCGAAGGUGGGCACAUUAAAAUCGCACCGUCCGUCCGUCCGGCCGGCCGGCCGGCCCUGUAACUUUCCCUUGUAUGGACAGAUUUUAAAAUAACUUGCCACAUGUGUACCACAUAUCAAGACGACGUGUGGCGUGCAAGACCCAUGUCCCUACCUCAAAGGUCAAGGUCACACUUAGUGUUUAUUCACAAUGGAGUGCUGCAUAUAAGGACAUAGAGUAUAGGUUGUCGUGUCCGGGCUGUAACUUUCCCUUGUAUGGACCGAUUUUAAAAUAACUUUCACCAUGUGUUCCACAUACCAAGACGACGUGUCGCCUGCAAGACCCGUGUCCCUACUUCAAAGGUCAAGGUCACAAUUAGUGUUUAUUCACAAUGGAGUGCUGCAUAUAAGGACAUAGAGUAUAGGUUGUCGUGUCCGGGCUGUAACUUUCCCUUGUAUGGACAGAUUUUAAAAUGACUUUCCCCAUGUGUUCCACAUACCAAGACGACGUGUCGCGUGCAAGACCCGUGUCCCUACUUCAAAGGUCAAUGUCACACUUAGUGUUUAUUCACAAUGGAGUGCUGCAUAUAAGGACAUAGAGUAUAGGUUGUCGUGUCCGGGCUGUAACUUUCUUUUGUAUGGGCAGAUUUUAAAAUAACUUGCCAAAUGUGUUCCACAUACCAAGACGACGUGUCGCGUGCAAAACCCGUGUCCCUACCUCAAAGGUCAAGGUCACACUUAGUGUUUACUCACAAUGGAGUGCUGCAUAUAAGGACAUAGAGUAAAGGUUGUCGUGUCCGGGCUGUAACUUUCUCUUGUAUGGACAGAUUUUAAAAUAACUUGCCACAUGUGUACCACAUAUCAAGACGACGUGUGGCGUGCAAGACCCAUGUCCCUACCUCAAAGGUCAAGGUCACACUUAGUGUUUAUUCACAAUGGAGUGCUGCAUAUAAGGACAUAGAGUAUAGGUUGUUGUGUCCGGGCUGUAACUUUCCCUUGUAUGGACCGAUUUUAAAAUAACUUUCACCAUGUGUUCCACAUACCAAGACGACGUGUCGCCUGCAAGACCCGUGUCCCUACUUCAAAGGUCAAGGUCACAAUUAGUGUUUAUUCACAAUGGAGUGCUGCAUAUAAGGACAUAGAGUAUAGGUUGUCGUGUCCGGGCUGUAACUUUCCCUUGUAUGGACAGAUUUUAAAAUAACUUUCCCCAUGUGUUCCACAUACCAAGACGACGUGUCGCGUGCAAGACCCGUGUCCCUACUUCAAAGGUCAAUGUCACACUUAGUGUUUAUUCACAAUGGAGUGCUGCAUAUAAGGACAUAGAGUAUAGGUUGUCGUGUCCGGGCUGUAACUUUCUUUUGUAUGGGCAGAUUUUAAAAUAACUUGCCAAAUGUGUUCCACAUACCAAGACGACGUGUCGCGUGCAAAACCCGUGUCCCUACCUCAAAGGUCAAGGUCACACUUAGUGUUUAUUCACAAUGGAGUGCUGCAUAUAAGGACAUAGAGUAAAGGUUGUCGUGUCCGGGCUGUAACUUUCUCUUGUAUGGACAGAUUUUAAAAUAAUUUGCCACAUGUGUUCCACAUACCAAGACGACGUGUCGCGUGCAAGACCCGUGUCCCUACCUCAAAGGUCAAGGUCACACUUAGUGUUUAUUUACAAUGGAGUGCUGCAUAUAAGGACAUAGAGUAUAGGUUGUUGUGUCUGGGCUGUAACUUUCUUUUGUAUGGACAGAUUUUAAAAUAACUUGCCACAUGUGUUCCACAUACCAAGACGACGUGUCGCGUGCAAGACCCGUGUCCCUACCUUAAAGGUCAAGGUCACACAUAGUGUUUAUUCACAAUGGAGUGCUGCAUAUAAGGACUUAGAGUAUAGGUUGUCGCGUCCGGGCUGUAACUUUCUUUUGUAUGGGCAGAUUUUAAAAUAACUUGCCAAAUGUGUUCCACAUACCAAGACGACGUGUCGCGUGCAAGACCCGUGUCCCUGCCUCAAAGGUUAAGGUCACACAUAGUGUUUAUUCAUAAUGGAGUGCUGCAUAUAAGGACAUAGAGUAUAGGUUGUCGUGUCCGGGCUGUAACUUUCUUUUGUAUGGACAGAUUUUUAAAUAACUUGCCACAUGUGUUCCACAUACCAAGACGACGUGUCGCGUGCAAGACCCGUGUCCCUACCUCAAAGGUCAAGGUCACACUUAGUGUUUAUUCACAAUGGAGUGCCGCAUACAAGGGCACGGGGUAUAGGUUGUCAUGUCCGGGCUGUAACUUUCUCUUGUAUGGACAGAUUUUAAAAUAACUUGCUACAUGUGUUCCACAUAUGAAUACGACGUGUCAUCUGCAAGACCCAUGUCCCUACCUCUAAGGUGAAAGAUACACUAAGUGUUUAUUCACAAGGGAAUUCUGAAUAUAAGGACAUAACAGUGUUGGUUGUCAAGUAUGGGUGGUAUUUUUUUAUGUUCAGAGGCAAUUAAAAUAACUUGCCAUAUGUAUUUGACACGUAAAGGCAAGAUCAACUUUUCAUGUACUGAUCUUGUUCGUAGGUCAAUGUCACAUUCGGGGGCAUUCGUCAUAUACUGUGACAGCUCUUGUUUUAUAUGCAAAUUGUGUUAGUAAUGACAAAUCAUCAAAGUUUGUAUAACAGUUUUGGUAUGAUCUUGAAAUAACAGAACAUCUAUAUUUUACAUUCUAUUGUAUAGUUACCUUCUAAAUCAACACUUGAAAUCUUCUCAAUGCAAAUACUGCACAUCAUGUUUCUACACUCUUUGCCUCUGAUUUAGUACAUGUACAUAAAUUUAGUAAAUAUGUGUCCGACUGUUACAAGCAUGCCUCUUAUUAAUUUACUGCUGGAGGUACAUAUAAAUGUGUACAAUGUGGGAAUAAGGCUUUCACAUACUCUGAUCAGAAGCAUGUGACUGCAUAUUUCUUUUACAUCAUAUCUGGUUUUUGUGUGGCUUGCAAUUAGCAUGGCUGAUGAGUAGGGAUUUCUUUGUCCAGCGUCAUUGGUGUUACACUUUCUUUUUAGAUCAAUAAUUUUGAAUAACUCAGUUUAAGAUCUUCAAACUUGAUUUGCACAUUGAUCAUAGUCAUUGAUGGCCCCAAAUGAGUUGGGGUGAGUAGGUGAAGGUUAUUGUGACCUUUAUUGAAAACAUUUUGGGUGACUUGGUGGGUCUAUAAACAUGGUAUUUAUAUUUGCCAUUGUCAAUAGAUGACUUUUAUGAUCUUUGGGUCUGUAUGUCAAAGAUGAAUUUCAUGGUGACCUUUACUAUAAAUAUAUGAGGGCUGACGAAAGUUGACACAUCUGUUUGAUGAUAUUCUAGAGUUAACUAUCAUUGUUGAUUCAGUCUAUAUAAUUGUACUUUUUAGUUAUUAACUUGUUGAAACAAUACUUUGAUACAUUUUUCAAGAAAUGCAGACUAUUUUUGAAUGUUUGUGUUGUUCAAUUAUUCAUCAAAUGCAGUCAAUGAACAUUUGAAAUAAAACAAACUAGCCACUAG